CGUGUUCUUGUGUUGAUCGUGCAGACUCCAUGGCAGAUAGCGUAGUUAGUUUUGCGCUGGAAAACCUGUCUCGGCUUGUGACACACGAAGCCAACUUGCUGCAUGGGGUGGAGGACAAAGUGAGGUCCCUUGAGAGUGAGCUCAGAAUGAUGAAUGUCUUCCUUAAGAGCUACAACCAAAACCAGCGCAAGAAGGAGACCGAACAAGAGCUUAUUCGUCAAAUCACAGAAGUCGCACAUGAAGCUGAGGAUGUCAUCGACACCUUUGUUGCCAACGUUGCCCAGCAUCAAAGGAGAAAUUGGUUGUCGAGGAUGCUCCAUGUUGUUGACCAUGCAAGGCUGCGACACGACGUGGCAGAGAAAAUAGACAACAUCAAAGCCAGAAUCAAUGAGAUUCAUGAGAACAAAAUCAAAUACGUCAUCCAAGAAGCAGCAGGAUCUUCAACAGAGCAGGAGUUACAGCUACUGCACAAGCGAAGAAGGGACGUGGAGGAAGAUGACGUGGUGGGUUUUCAGCAUGACUCAGAUGAAGUAAUCAAUCGCCUCGAGCAGGGGGGUUCGCGUCGCAAUGUGGUGUCCAUCAUAGGUAUGGGCGGCUUAGGUAAAACUACUCUUGCCCGCAAGAUUUAUAAGAGCGAUCAUGUUAAGAAUUACUUUGAGUAUCAUGCUUGGGUUUAUGUGUCUAAUGACUAUAGACCUAGAGAGCUUUUGCAUGCCCUUCUUAAACGCUUGAUGUCAAUCUCUACAAAUGCAUGUCAUUACAAUCACAAUAUAAGUAGCAAACACAGAAAGAAAUCAAAGUGGGCAGGUAAAGCUGAAUGUGAUGAUUUUUAUAGUUUGAGUGAGGAAGAAUUAAGAGACAAGGUACGAGACUGUUUGAAAGGGAAGAGGUAUCUUGUAGUGUUGGAUGACAUAUGGAAAACUCAACAUUGGGAUGACCUAAAUUGCGUUUUUCCGGAUGAUAAUAAAAGUAGUAGGGUCCUUAUUACCAGUCGUUUGAAAGAGGUGGCUUCUCAUGCCAGCUCAUCUCCUCCCUACUAUCUCCCUUUUCUUAAUCAAAAAGAAAGUUGGGAGCUUUUCUCAAAGAGGGUGUUUCGAGGAGAGGGUGUGCCUUCUAAUCUCAAGCCACUAGGUGAGCGUAUGGUAAAAAGUUGUGGUGGCUUGCCAAUAUCUAUUGUGGUCCUUGCAGGAAUUCUAGCAAACAGAGAAAAGUCAUACCGAGAAUGGUCCAAGAUUAUGGACCAUGUCAACUCGUAUCUCACUGGACCAGAAACACAAGUACAAGAUAUAGUAUUGAAACUUAGUUAUGAUAGCUUGCCUCCAAGAUUGAAGCAAUGCUUUCUAUAUUUUGGUAUGUUUCCCGAAGACUAUGAGAUUCGUGUUAGACAAUUGAUCCAACUAUGGGUUGCCGAAGGAUUCAUUCUUCAUAGUGAUUCCAGAAUUACAGAGGAUGUUGCUGAGAACUACUUGGAUGAGCUCAUUGAUCGUAGCUUAAUCCAGGUAGGGAGACAAAGAAGUGAUGGGGGCAUCAAGACGUGUCGGAUCCAUGAUUUGCUAAGAGAACUUUGCAUAUCUGAGAGCAUGGAGGAGAAGCUUUUUGAAGUUUGUAGGGAUGCAGACAUUUCAGAGCCAAGCAAGCCUCGUAGGCUCUCCAUUCAAUGUAAUAUGUCUGAUUAUUUUGCUUCAAGCAACAAAGACCAUUCAGGCACUCGUUCUAUGCUCUGCUUUGGCCACAACUCCCACUGCCUUUUUGAUUCAAGUGAGUCAAAAAGGUUUUUCAAAUGGUUACAACUUGUUCGAGUGUUGGAUCUAGCAAGUUCCAUCCAGCAUAAGAUCCCUGCCAAUUUAGGCAUGUUAAUUCAUCUAAGGUACUUAAAAAUAGAACUAGACCACCAAAAUGUUUCUGGUGGGGGUUUUCUAAGAGCGAUUCCUGAAUUCAUAUGCAAUCUUUGGAAUCUAGAAACUUUGGACUUAGGGCGUUGGCCAAUAUAUUACUGCGAGGUGUCCUUUCCCAUUGGAAUUUGGAAGCUCAAGAGACUAAGGCAUCUUCACACCCCUGCAUUUAUGAUUUUACCAGAGUUUCCUGAUGUGAAAGGCCAAACCAUGCGGAAUCUACAGACUCUAUCUCCUGUUGCCAUAAACAAAAAGUCAGCUAUUAUGUCUCUAAUAGGGAAAGGCGUAUUCCCAAAACUGAGGAGAUUGGGUUUGCGUUUUUCUGAGGAUGACAUGCAUCAACAAGGGGCUGGUAAAGUGUGGGAAAACCUUGCAAAACUAAAUUAUUUGAAUGCAUUGAAGAUUUUUGACUUUCCUGAUAUUCCAUCAUCCGUCAAUGCCUUUCCUUCCAACCUUACCGAGCUAACAAUCUCAGGCACCAACUUAAAUAGUGAUGUCAUGAGCAUUUUGGGAAGUCUUGCGAAUCUCAGAAUUUUGAAACUAUAUCUUUGUAAGGUUACAGAUGGGUAUGAGUCGGAGCUUCGUUGCAUUAGUGGGUUCCCUCAACUAGAGGUAUUUAAAAUGAAAUGUUUCGAUAACGUCAGUCACUGGGAAUUAGGCAGUGUUGCCAUGCCAUGUCUUAGAUGUUUGAUCAUUGAAAAUUGCACGGGGUUGACAACCCUCCCUCACCAGCUCUGGUCCCUGACUUCCUUACGGGAGGUACAAGUGAGACGGCCCUCCGACUCAUUGAGGAUGCAACUCCAAAGUCGAUCCAUGAGAGAUGGGUGCAAUCUCUUCAUCAGUUGGCUGUGAACUUUUGGGGAUACACGUCAUUAUUUACCCACAAAACAAUAAAAGAGAAAACAUCUGUCUCAAGGAGCCCUAUUUGAAGGUUUUCAAUAGUAUUUAUGUCAUUUCAUUUGCAAAGAAAUUGUAAUCUUUCACUUCCAAGUCCUGCAGUGUGUGCGUUUCUUUGUGCGAGUUUGAACAUUUUGGUUAUUGAUGAAGUGAUUCAUUUAUUUGUAGGUUCAUUUCUUGAUGCUUUUAAGGUUAUUCUAUCAAUCAAAUGAUGUAGGAUUGGGAAUAUUGUUUCGAA